UAUCCCUUCACUUCGUCGCCCCCUUUAACCCCAAACAAACACUCAUUUCUUUUCUCUCUCUCUCUCUCUCUCUCUCUCUCUCUCUCUCUCUCUCUCUCGCUCAAAGCUAACCCAAAAGAAAAUUACUAGAAGCAAAUUAAAAGGCAAAAAAAUGGAGCAAAAUUUGCCAGUGAUCACCAAAAGAGUGUGGAGCAUUGUGAGGGCACUUCUUUUCAUGAUGAGAAAAGGGAUUUUCUCAAAGAAAAAGUUCAUGGUUGAUCUCAACAUGGUGCUUAAACGUGGCAAAAUCGCCGGCGCCAAAGCCAUUGGCAACCUCAUGUUCCACCAUCACCACCGCCAAGUCUCACCCAAGUGUUCCAUGGAUGUGUCCACGGCGGCGGUGGCCAAAGCAGCAGUCCAAGAGUACGAGUUCAGCUGCAGCAACACCCCCAACUACAUCUUCCCUUUCAACCUCGCUGCCAAGAAGAAGAACGGCGGCAUUCACAACUACUACCACCACUUCUUCGGGUGCGCCCACGCUCCUCCUACCCACGAAGACGACAUGGUGACCAUGAACGCCGUGAAGGUUGUCUUGGAGAUGCUUAACAACAAUGACAACACCAUGAUGGAAGCUACUGUUGCUGCUUCCCCUAUGUUACCAGGGUUCGGACAAACCCCAUUGGCCAGGCAACUUAGGAUAACCGACUCCCCAUUUCCGUUAAGGGAUGUUGAUGAAGACAACGGCUACGUAGACAAAGCUGCGGAGGAUUUCAUUAACAGGUUUUACAAGGAUUUAAGGCAGCAAGAUAAGAGACUGUCCGAGUUGUAAAUUGGAACUCUUUUGCUCUCCCCAUGGUUUUAAUUUCCUUGCUCCAGACUUCAUAUAUAUAUGGUUAAUUACUUUUUGGGGUUUUUAAUUUUGUUGCUGAUAUCAAAGAACAUCAUAAAAAACACAGUGAAAUAAUGGAAUUUGCAGGUUUUUUCUUUCUUGUAAGUUCGAUACAAUGUUAAAGACCUGUUUAUGUUCAUGUUGUAAUAUGAAUGAGAAGCACUGUGCCCAUACGCACUUUAUUCAAA